CCCCCGCCCCAGCCCGCGGAGGCCUUCUGUUACCUGGUGCCCCAUGCCCCCGGGGCUGGCUCUGACCCUCCACCGCCCUGUCUGGCCGCGGGGCCCUAAUCCUGCUCGUCUCCUCUGCAGGCCUCCUCGCUAGAGAGGCGGAGCCCUGGCCUGGCCUCUUGCCUCUCUCACAGCCUGUGCCCUGGGGAGCCCGGCUUGCAGACCACAGCAGUGGUGUCCAUGGGGUCCGCAGACCAUCAGUUCCACCUGGCGGAGAUCCUGUCUCGGAACUACAGUGUCCAGGAGGAGCAUGAAGGGGCUGCGCGGGGCCCAGAGAAGCCGGAGGAGGAGCUAGAGAAGGACUUCGUCUCCCAGAGCAGCGACAUGCCCCUUGACGAGCUGCUGGCCCUCUACGGCUACGAGCCCUCGGACCCCAUUUCGGAGCGCCAGAGUGAGGGCAGCGAUGCCACAACCAACCUCCCGGACAUGACCCUGGACAAGGAACAAAUAGCGAAGGAUUUGCUUUCAGGGGAAGAAGAGGAAGAAACACAGUCCUCAGCCGAUGACCUCACCCCAUCUGUGACCUCCCAUGAGGCCUCUGACCUUUUCCCUAAUCAGAGUGGACCCCGCUUCCUGCCUGAUGCAGACAAGGAGCCUGGCUCCUCCAGCUCGUCGGACACCGAGGAGGACCCGCUUCCCGCCAACAAGUGUAAGAAGGAGAUCAUGGUUGGGCCUCAGUUCCAAGCCGACCUCAGCAAGCUGCACUCGAACCGUCAGGGUGAGAAGCUCUAUGAGAAUGAAGACCAGCUGCUCUGGGACCCCAGCAUCCUUCCUGAGGGGGCGGUGGAGGAGUUCCUGUACCGGGCGGCGAAGCGGCGGUGGCGUGAGGUGGCUGAGUCUCAGCUCCCGGAGGGAGAGGCGGUGAAAGACAGCGAGCAGGUGGGCGGCCCUGGGGGCGGAGGAGCCAUGGGGCGGGGGCCAGUGUGGUUGUGUGAUUGUGACGAAUUCAAGGGAAACCACUUGUCCUGGGCAAUGGUGGCUCCCCUCCCCCAGGCACUGUAUGAGCUGGUGAAAUGCAACUUCAAUGCCGAGGAGGCCCUGCGGAGGCUGCGGUUCAACGUGAAGGUGAUCCGAGACGGGCUGUGCGCCUGGAGCGAGGAGGAGCGCCGCAACUUCGAGCACGGCUUCCGUGUGCAUGGCAAGAACUUCCACCUGAUCCAGGCCAACAAGGUGCGCACACGGUCCGUGGGCGAGUGCGUGGAGUAUUACUACCUGUGGAAGAAGUCUGAGCGCUACGACUACUUCUCCCAGCAGACGCGGCUGGGCCGCCGGAAGUACGGCCCGUCGGGAACCACGGAUGCGGACCAGGACCUGGAUGGCGGUGACCCCGAUGGCCCUGGCCGCACCCGCUCCUCGCCGCCCCUGCCUCUGCCUGCCACUGCCGACGGCCCGGGCCCUGAGCGGGACCCCCUGGCCCGGAUGCGCACCGAGCCCCUGAGCAUGGGCAGCAGCACGUCUGGGAGUCUCGGCGCGCCCGGGGAGGCCUCCGACAGCCCCCUGUCCUCGGAGCCAGGACCCUGUUCGUUCCAGCCACCGGAUGUAGACACGCCCCCGGCCGUGCCCCUGCCUCGGCGGCCCCCAGCCCUGGCUGAGCCAGCCUUCUACUCCCCCACCACGGCCGCUUCAGAGCCUGGUGCCAGCCCGAGGCUGGCUGUGGACUUGGCCCUGCCCGGGGCCCUCCCCGAGGAGCUGCCCCUCAUCUCCAGCCACGUGGAUAUGGACGGAGAGCCCGAGGAGGCCGUGGCCCCCGCACAGGUGGCUUUGUCGGUUGCCGAGUUUGGACUCAUCGGCAUCGGGGACGUGAAUCCCUUCCUGGCCGCCCACCCCGCGUGCCCGGCCCCUACGCUGCACUCGGAGCCCCUGUCACACUGUAACGUGAUGACCUGUUGAUCCCUGGCCACAGGCGGGCGUUUGUGGCCCAGAUUGGACUUGGGGCCGCUGUGAGGCCUGCCUGUCAGUCUUCCUGACCCUCCCCUCCUCGCGGGCCUCCGGUAGCUCCUCUGCUCAGAGCACGUCAAGGACCGGGCUGAGCGGUGGCCCCUCCCCACGCCACACACGCACCAGCACUGCUGCCUGGCUCCAGCCUCUGCGCCCACCACGGGACCCAUUGGGUGGCGGGGCGCGGAGGGCUGGCCCAUCCAGCCAGCAGAGGCGAGGAAGGCGGCCGGGCCCCGCCAGGGACGUGGGGAGGUGGGGCCGGACGCCGCCCCUACCAGCAGCAGCCUCCGCCGGCACCCUCGGCACUCUGCUCGCCUGUCUCCCUGCGCCUGGCCGGACUUCGGGCUGCCCCCGCCCAGGGCUCAGGGGGCAGCUGCUACUCGGUGCCAAACCCUGUGGGGCACAGAGCCAUAUACCUCGAUGUCGGCCCGCCCCGCCCUGACGUCCACCCGCUCUCUCCACUUCAGGAAAAGCCGCACUUUAUGCCCCCACCCCACCCCCACCUCCACCCCGGGGCCCCCGGCAGCCUCGGACGUGGGUCUGAGGACGCAGAACUCACAGCCCCUUGGUACCGAGGCCUGUCGCCUGCCGCACUGAGGGGCCCGGCUCCAGCCCGUUUCCCUGACCCCCUAGGUCGUGUUUCUGUUGAGGCUUCCUAGCAAGGUGGCUUGGGGGCCUGGGCCUUCUCCUCUCCAGCCUCCUCGUUUUAUUUAUGUUUCUGUUUACAAAUCGGAGUGGGGUCCUCCAGGGGCAGGGCAGCGCUCCCGGCCCCGGUGUCACCAAGGGGGGCUUUGGCUCGAGCCCGUCCGCAGGGCUGGACUCGACCUUCCCUCGGCCCACCAAGGACCACACUGUGAAGUGACAACUGCCUUGAUCCCCUUGCUGUUUUAUUUAUUAAACUUGAUUUGAAGCCC